UGGCUCUCCAUCCACACCUCACACCUAUCUAUGCUUGCAUUUGUUGGAUGGCUUACAGCCCUUACAGCACAGCAGUCCCAAACUCUGAUAAGGGAGGGGAGGGGGACCACAUACACCCAGUAGGAUACCACUGGACAGCAUCAGCAGCAGCAGCAGGACCCGCAGGACUCUCCUAAAACCUGCCACACGUGUGCUCUCUCCUUCCUGAAAGCUGAAUGUAGCUCUCUGACUCUGACUCGAUUCAUUUGCACCUUCUUUCCCACCUCUACAAUGGAAGGGAGGUGAUUCUCCUCGCCGCCAUUUUUAGGGGAAACUUUGCUAGCUACUUAGUGCUUGACAGCCGUUAGCCGUUAGCUAGCUUAGCCUCAUGUUGAUGUGUGUUAUUCACGCGGCUAGCUAGCUUACAUGUCAAAAUAAAGGUUAGUGGUGAAGUGAACAAGACAGCUAGAUAAAAUCAGACUGUGUGUGUAGUAGGAAGGACAUUUUUUGCAGCUUAGUGUCGCGGAUAAGGAGUGCUAAGUUAUUAGCUCUCGAUUUCACACUUUGAUUUUCUCUGGGCUGCAUCGCCUCGUCAGUGAUUUUUGGAGUCAGCUCCUAAACUCUGGAUUUUACCACCAGAACCAGAACCAGCUUUUCACCUUCCAGCUGGUACUGACUCAUUCUGACCAGGUCCCCAUGUGCUGGUUCCUAAGGCCCAUCCACUACUGCAAAUGAAUCUUCAGCUGCUCCGGCAGAGCUCAGCACCCAGAUAGUCCCUUACCCUUUGCGUGGGUGAUAAGGGACUACAUUAACCAGGAUGCCCUCCUCCGUAAGGGCAGGCAGCCUGAAGGAUCCGGAGGUGUCUGAGCUUUUCUUCAAAGAAGACCCGGAGAAGCUUUUCUCUGACCUCCGAGAGAUCGGCCAUGGCAGCUUCGGCGCCGUCUACUUUGCACGAGAUGUGCGCACCAAUGAAGUGGUCGCUAUCAAGAAGAUGUCCUACAGCGGCAAACAGUCCAAUGAGAAAUGGCAGGACAUCAUAAAGGAGGUGAAGUUUCUCCAGAGGAUCCGGCACCCAAACAGUAUAGAAUACAAAGGCUGUUACCUCCGUGAACACACAGCAUGGCUGGUGAUGGAGUAUUGUCUUGGUUCGGCCUCUGAUCUGCUUGAAGUUCAUAAAAAACCUCUACAAGAAGUAGAGAUUGCUGCCAUAACACAUGGUGCUCUGCAGGGGCUGGCCUACCUUCAUUCCCACAACAUGAUCCACAGGGAUGUGAAGGCGGGAAACAUUCUGCUGACUGAGCCUGGGCUGGUCAAACUGGCAGACUUCGGCUCUGCCUCCAUUGCCUCACCUGCCAACUCCUUUGUAGGAACACCAUAUUGGAUGGCUCCAGAGGUGAUUCUAGCUAUGGAUGAGGGUCAAUAUGACGGGAAGGUGGACAUCUGGUCACUAGGGAUCACCUGUAUAGAAUUAGCGGAGAGGAAGCCCCCCUUGUUUAACAUGAAUGCAAUGAGUGCCUUAUACCACAUAGCGCAGAAUGAAAGCCCUACACUGCAAUCCAGUGAAUGGACGGAUUACUUUAGAAACUUUAUCGAAUCUUGCCUUCAGAAAAUCCCCCAAGACAGACCACACUCGGACGACCUGCUGGGCCACGCGUUUCUUCAGCGUGAACGUCCAGACUCUGUGCUCAUGGAUCUCAUUCAGAGAACUAAGGAUGCCGUACGAGAGCUUGACAACCUGCAGUACCGUAAGAUGAAGAAGAUCCUCCUCCAGGAGGCUCACAACGGACCAACAGCAGAAGUUCAGGAAGGAGAAGAGGAGCUGGAGCCGGGCGGUGGUCGGACGGGAACAGUGAACAGUGUGGGCAGUAAUCAGUCCAUCCCCAGCAUGUCCAUCAGCGCCAGCUCACAGAGCAGCUCCGUCAACAGUCUGAACGAGGCAGCCCAGGACAGCCGCAGUGAGCUGGACCUGAUGGAGGGAGAUCACACGGUCAUGUCUAACAGCUCCGUCAUACACCUCAAACCGGAGGAAGAGGAGAGUUUCUCUGGGGAGCAGGCGGCUCCAAGUCAACCCUCUGAGCCUCAACCCACGGCGGCUCUGGCCCCGAAAAAGCACUACCGCAACAGAGAGCACUUUGCUACCAUCCGCACAGCGUCACUCGUGACUCGUGAGAUGCAGGAACACGAGCAGGACUCAGAGCUGCGGGAGCAGAUGUCGGGGUACAAGCGCAUGAGACGGCAGCAUCAGAAGCACCUGAUGGGUCUGGAGAACAAGCUGAAAGGAGAGAUGGAUGAGCACAGACUGAGGUUGGACAAAGAGCUGGAGAGUCAGAGGAACAACUUCACUCAGGAGAUGGAGAAGCUCCUGAAGAAGCACCAGGCGGCCCUGGACAAAGACUUGAAAACGUUCAGCAACGAUGAGAAGAAGUUCCAGCAGCACAUCCAGGUGCAGCAGAAGAAGGAGCUGAGCAGCUUCCUGGAGUCACAGAAGAGAGAGUAUAAACUACGCAAGGAGCAGCUUAAAGAGGAACUGAGCGAGAACCAGUCGACUCCCAAGAAAGAGAAGCAGGAGUGGCUGUCCAAGCAGAAAGAGAACAUCCAGCACUUCCAGGCGGAGGAGGAGGCCAACCUGCUGAGGAGACAGAGGCAGUACCUAGAGCUGGAGUGUCGGAGGUUUAAACGCAGGAUCCUCAUUGCGAGACACAAUGUGGAGCAGGAUUUGGCCAGAGAGGAGCUCAACAAACGGCAGACACAAAAGGACCUGGAGCACGCCAUGCUGCUGAGGCAUCACGAGUCAAUGCAGGAGCUGGAGUUCAGGCACCUGGGGACGAUCCAGAAGGCGAGAGCCGAUCUGAUCCGGACCCAGCAUCAAACAGAGCUCACCAACCAGCUGGAGUACAACAAGAGGAGGGAGCGGGAGCUGAGGAGGAAGCAUGUCAUGGAGGUCCGGCAGCAGCCCAAGAGCCUCAAGUCUAAGGAGCUCCAGAUUAAGAAGCAGUUCCAGGAGACUUGUAAAACUCAGACCAGGCAGUACAAGGCCCUCAGGAACCACCUGCUGGAGACCACGCCCAAGGCUGACCACAAGGCCGUGCUCAAGAGGCUGAAGGAGGAGCAGACCAGGAAGCUGGCAAUCCUGGCCGAGCAGUACGACCACUCCAUCAAUGAAAUGCUCUCCACACAGGCGCUGCGGUUGGACGAGGCUCAGGAGGGGGAGUGUCAGGUACUGAGGAUGCAGCUGCAGCAGGAGUUGGAGCUUCUCAACGCGUACCAGAGUAAGAUCAAGAUGCAGACGGACGCUCAGCAUGACAAGGAGAGGAGGGAUCUGGAGCAGAGGGUCUCUCUGCGGAGGGCUCUGCUGGAGCAGAAAAUCGAGGAGGAGAUGCUCGCCCUGCAGAACGAGCGGCUCGAGCGAAUCCGCUCCCUGCUUGAGCGUCAGGCCCGCGAGAUCGAGGCCUUUGACUCAGAGUCCAUGCGGCUUGGCUUCAGCAACAUGGUGCUUACCAACCUGGCCCCUGAUUCUCAGGGAGGCUGGGGCGGAGGAGGCGGUGGAGGAGCAGGAGGAGGAGGAGGAGGCCAGGGCGCUCAGGGGGGAGGUCACUGGCCCGGAGGUGGAGGAGGAGGAGGCGGCCACCACAGUCAUCACCACCAGGGAGGCUCCAGCUCUCAGCAGCCUUGGGGUCACCCCAUGCUGGCUGGGGGCCCGCCGCCUUGGAGCCUCCACCACCCCGGGGGAGGGGGUCAGAGGGGGAGUGGGGGAAGCGCAGGUGGGGUGAGGAACAGCCCGCAGGCUAUGAGGAGGACGUCAUCAGGGGGGAGGAAUGAACAGGGCAUGAGCAGGAGCGCCAGCAUCACCUCUCAGAUCUCCAACGGAUCCCACCUGUCUUACACCUAAAACAAACACGCACACACAUUAAUGUCUUACGGUGAAGUUGACACACUUACACACACCAUGCAUGCACCACAUGCCUCACACACACCUGUUUCCCACAGUUCAUCUAAAACAGUUUUAACGCUGGGUUUACCUCGGCUGACUCUCUCCCCUCACCGCUUGUGAUCCGUGCUCGCCGCGUCUGUAGAAACCCAAAAGCCUUGAGACCAAGCGACGCUCUGACGGCCAUAUAAAGAACGCCACGGUGCAGUAGUGUCAUUUUGACUGCAGCCUGCAGGGCUGCUUUAUGUUUAUGUUUGCCAUGUUAGUCUCUGUUGCCAUAGACCCAGAGUAGAACUUUUACAGCCAGAAGUUUGUCCUCCAGUUGUUUGCAGUACGUAGUUUUAAGCGCAAUAGCACGUCAGGGUGCAUUAUGGGAAACGCUGGUUAUUUUUGAAGGACAUUUGAAAUGUGACCGUGAUCAAACUCAAAAGCACAACCAUCUUACUGCUGUAAAGUUUAAUGAGAUUAUUUUAUGUGCAAUGUUACAGGAUGAAGCGAAGACAGGAGGUGUUUCAGGGUCUGAUGAUGACUGAAGAGAAGGAGCUGUAGACGAGUGUAGAGGAGAAUGAAAAGCGAAGGUUGUUGCAGGUGAGUAGCAGUGGGUAUCUGUGACCUUAAAGUCACAGCAUAGAGAGAGUAGAGGCGGAUCAGGGGUAGCUAUAAGUAUGUAAUCUUUCAUUGCAGCCUCAGUGACUUAAAUCACCCGUUAAUUCUAAAUGUUGUAUUCAAAUGAAAAAAGAAAAACACUCCUCAGUCUUCAAUGCCAAAGAUGCCAAAGGUAAAGUUUGUCAUUUUUAGUCAUCCAUGCCAAUAUCUGAUGAGAUAGUGCCAGAGCAGAGAUGCAGCUUUAGUUCAGACGUUGUGGCCAAGUUGAUUGCAUGCUCGGCUUCGUUGGCUCGGCUCUUGGGUUUCUGCAGGUGGUGGUUGCUACCUUUCACUCCCGCCUGCACGAUGCGCGGCAAGUCGAAGGGAAGCCGCGGCGGCCUUGUUAGUCCACAGCUUCAACACAGGGAUGAGUUAUCAGCAGCAGCUAACCUACUACUUGAAUAGUUCCAAAACUGGUGUUCACUCGUCCCUCGUUUGCAGUCGUUUCUUGGUCUAGUUUGUCGGUGGAAGAUUCUCCAACUAAUGGAACCACGCCUGUUAGCCGAACUCAAAGUAGAGCUUCAGAACAGCAGGGUGGAGUGUUUCGACCAUGAUUUACACACAAACACACAAACACACACACAUACAUGAAGAAAAAGUUAAAGAAGUUUAUUCCCCAGACGAGGAUUAGUCCUUUUGCACACUUGGAUGAUGAAUGCAUGUAAGAUGGGGACUUUGAAGUCGGAAAAUAGCGCACUUAGCAUCAUCUACCUACAGAUAUCUGUGCGUGAAAGGUCAUUCUUGAGGAGCUCACUGACAAAAACAGGAAACAGGAAGUGCAGCUCCUCGCCCCCUGCUGGUGGGUGACGGCUAAGUGUGUCCGCUGAUGGGCGGUGAUGCUGUGAUCUCCGCUGCCAUGCCCCUGCAACCUUCCCCGGUCUGACACCCCGCUCUGUCUCACCCCUCAGUGGCAGCCCGUGUCACCAAUCCUCUCUUCCCCUCCUCCUCCCUCUAACUCCGUACCCUCCCCUUUGUGAGCACUGUGUGGUCGUCGCCUCCUCCCUUAUCUAUUUGGGGGAAGAGCUCUUCAAGUGAAAGUAACGAGAGAAAAAAAAAAGAAAAUGUAUUAUUAUAUAAAUCUAUUAAAAAGAGAAGGAUUAUAGAGAAAUAGAGAUUAAGGUGGAAGUCUUAUUGUAAGAUGCAGAGAUUAUGCAUUAUAUGAGUCUCAGAGGUGGAAUGUACAGAAACAUGUUAAUAUUGUAUAUUUUGAAUUUGAAAAUAUGGAAAUCUAAUCGACAAAUCAGAGUUAAAGUAACCUGUUGUGAUGUGGACACAGUGACAAGGCUUUGUACCAGAGAUGUGGGGACUUGGACUUGGGUCGAACGAGAGACUUGACUUGGACUCACCCAUCAAAGACUUGACUCGGACUCAAGCUUUUGGACUCUAGCACAGUCUUUGCAUUUCAUAUUUUUGUCCCAGUAACGAUGAACGCUGAAAGUCAUCCCCUUCCUUCCAUGAUGUGUCUCCUUCUUCAUCUGGUGCCCGAGCGGACAUACACCAUGGUGAGCAGAUCACGUGCAGCAGCUACAGUACGGUGUUCCUCACACAUAGACCAUAACACAUAGACAGACUGCUCAAGCUUAAUUACCAACCAUUGUUUCAUAUUUACCCCUGUGUCUGAUGCAGAUCGCAUCAGAUUCAUGCUGCAUUAACGGCAUAAACCUACCGUUAGUGCUAAGACUGGAUUCAGUGUCUCAUGUUAGAUUUAAACCUUCUCAUACUGCAGUUUUAACAGUGUUGUGCAGAUGGUUUCUGUACUCCCAAUUUUGAAUCAUCAUGCCCAAACCUCAUCCACACAAACGCCAAAAUAGAGAAACAUUCAACACACUAGAAAAAUAUGAGUACUUUCAAAAUAUCAGACACAGGAAAAAACAUAAGAUAUGAAGCAUGGCAGGACAUGCUGUGCCAUGUGGGAUAAAGAUGCAGGUGUCAGGGUUGUAUUCAGGGGAUAACUAGGGAUGCCCCUGCCCCCAAAUUUUUGAUUAGACACUAGCAAACGUCGUCUUUUUGAGUCCAUAAAGAUUUCAGCCUACAAGAUUUAACUUAAAUUUGAGGGGUUUAAAUGAAAAUGAUUGAUACAGGUAGAAAAAGUUGAAAUUAAUCUGCUCAUUUUCAUGCCCUCCCUGCAAAAGCCAGCACCCAAGUUUGGCCACCUCAUUCACAAAAAGUCUGGCUCCGCCCCCUGCAGGUGUGUGUGGAUGAUAAAGCAACAUAGCACAAUUAAUGUAUAAACUAACCUAAUGUAAUGUAAGAAUUAUGGGAUAGAGUAUUUUGAAUGGACGCCUGUUUUAAGAUGGAAACAUUUUAAUUUUGUUAUUUAUUGAAACUAUAAGCGACUCGACCUGGACUUACCGCUACCCUCAAGACUUGACUUUGACUCUCGACCAAAGACUUCAGACUUGAGACUCGACCUGGACUUACAGAAGGAGACUUGUGCCCAUCUCUGUUUUUGUACCCGUGGUGUUCACACGAUUUACAGCCGCUGGGUUUUCACUGUCUUCCUUGCAGCUGCGAGUUCACAAACACGUUACAGAGAUUCUGUUGUGAACGAUAAACAACACAACUGAGGUCAGGUUGCCUCGAGUAACGGCAACCUUUGUGUUCAUGCUGAAUGAGGAGGAUUUUGCACAUCAUUUCAAAUCUAGUUAGGUGAAGCCUUUGCUUUUGCACUGGCUGUGUUUUACUGACACUAUGAUGAAACCCAGUAAAGAAAACUCAGCUUGUUGAUUUAGGGUUUUUAGAAGACCUAAAGUCAAAGUUUAGUGACGUAGAAUGAGAAAAGAUUGUCUUAAAAAAACACAACAAAAAUCUGAGAGAACAUUUGACUGCAUUUGAGCGCGCUCCACAACCUGAAACUGAUCCCAAAUUCUUGCACAAGACUGAAAAAAAAACUCUAGGAAGGGUUGCUCUAGAUGUUGUGGGGUCCACUGAUAGUAUUUGGACUUUUCUUUCUGUUUAAUGAAACAUGCGCCCUCUUUUCUUGUGGGUUCACACGAAGCAUUUUCACUCUGCACUUAAGUAUUUGCCUUUUUAACUCGUACCACCGCGGAGAACUGAAACUCAGCUGGUUUUCUUGGCUCAGUUCUGAAACAGAAAAGAAAAAAAAACACAGAAUGUGGUGGUUUCACUUCUCUCUCUUCAGCCAGUAUGCCAUUGUAUCCCACAUCUUUUAUCAACCUGUUUUUCUGUCACUUCUUCUUAAGUGUUUUAUUUCCUUUUACUCCAGAAAGGGUUGUUUUAUGUUCCAGAUGAUGUCUGCAAAGAGCCAAACCAGUGGCAACUUUUUAUUUAAACCUUCUCCUGUGUUUACUAGAACCCCCAGACAGUCGGGGGCAGAGUCUAGCUUUAGACCCUGGUCACUCUGAACUGGAUCAGUUGCACUGAUUGCACAAGUGAUUGACCAGAUCAAAGAGUCUGCUGUGACCUCUCCUCUGCUAUCGGCUGAACGUCUGCAGGAGGCGGGGGGUCACGUCUCUGUACAAUCUGUUUUAUCAGUAUUCCCUUUAUCUCUCCUGUCAUUUGGUGGAUCUUGCUGUUUUAUUCUCCGUAGUCCAGAGACCUGUAUUAAACUGUAUUAAAUUGUAUAGAUUGUGCAAAAAGCUGAAUGUCACAUAGUAGAAGAGAAAAAGCUAUUCCUUACAGAUGACAAAGUGAUUUAAAAUGUAUUAAAGAAAAUCAGAAACAAAGUUUAGGGGAUAAAUGUAAUAUUUUGUUUGUAAUUACUAUUUUUUGUUGGAAGAGGGCUACUGGAUUAAAAAAAAUCAUCUGUAAUAAAGUAAUUUUAAUA